UUUAUAAAUCUCUUAAACACAAAAAUAAAUAAAUCUUGCAUGACCGGUGGAGACAGUUGAAACAAACCCAUCCAACACUCCAAUAUCAUAUUCAUUUUACUAUGGUUUAUAUUUCGUGACUUUGUUUUCUUACAUUGUCUUUAUCUCUCUCUCUCCUUUUCUCUUCCAUUGUUAAAUUUCACAGUUUAAAACUCUAUAGAUAUCCCAAAAAAAAAAAGAAGAAAAAACUAAAUUGAUGGUGAAGUUAACACAGAGAUUGGGUGGGUUGGUACUGCGAUUUGCGGCAUUUUGUGCCGCAUUAGGAGCGGUUAUCGCAAUGAUCACUAGCCGUGAAAGGUCUUCCUUCUUUGUCCUAUCCCUAGUAGCCAAGUAUAGCGAUUUGGCUGCGUUCAAGUACUUCGUGAUUGCAAACGCGAUUGUGAGCGUUUAUAGCUUUCUCGUUCUGUUUCUACCAAAAGAGAGUUUAUUGUGGAAGUUCGUAGUUGUGUUGGACUUGAUGGUGACGAUGCUGCUGACGUCGAGCUUAUCAGCGGCAGUGGCGGUGGCACAAGUGGGUAAAAGAGGAAACGCAAACGCAGGUUGGUUGCCAAUUUGCGGCCAAGUACCGAGAUUCUGCGAUCAGAUAACCGGAGCUUUAAUCGCCGGUUUAGUCGCAUUGGUUCUUUACGUUUUCUUGCUCAUCUUCUCCAUCCACCAUGUAGUCGAUCCUUUUCUUCUUCGAAAAUCAUGAAUCGAAU